AAGGUCGAUAAAGUGCUUAUUUUUUCUGUGAGGUGGUUGUGUGAAUGUCGGUGGCGCAAUAAUUCUAGAUUGUAAAUUAAAAGUUUAACUGUACUCCGGUGCGGACAGAGAGUUCCAUCAUGAGUGCGUUAAUGAAAGCAACUUUAUUUCGCAGUCCUGCCGCUCUGGCCACUCAUUUCUAUAGGAACCUCCAUUUGUCAGUGGGAGGUGCAUCUCCACUCAAAGAUGCUUCAGUUAGCACAGGCAAAGGUUACACAGUUGUUGAUCACCAACAUGAUGCAUUGGUGAUAGGUGCUGGUGGGGCAGGGCUCAGGGCAGCCUUUGGCUUAGUUCAGGAAGGGUUUAAGACAGCUGUGGUAACUAAGUUGUUUCCAACAAGGUCACACACAGUUGCUGCCCAAGGUGGCAUUAAUGCAGCUCUAGGUAACAUGGAAGAAGAUAGUUGGCUAUGGCACAUGUAUGACACUGUCAAGGGUUCUGAUUGGCUUGGAGAUCAGGAUGCCAUUCACUACAUGACAAAAGAAGCACCUCAUGCUGUCAUUGAACUUGACAACUAUGGCAUGCCUUUCUCUCGUACACCAGAGGGGAAAAUUUACCAAAGGGCUUUUGGUGGACAAUCUCUGAAGUUUGGAAAGGGUGGACAGGCACAUCGAUGCUGCGCUGUAGCUGACAGAACUGGUCACUCACUGCUACAUACACUUUAUGGACAAUCCCUAAGAUACGACUGUGAAUAUUUCAUUGAAUACUUUGCUCUGGACUUGUUAAUGGAAGACGGAGUCUGCAAGGGCUGCAUUGCAAUCAACCUUGAAGAUGGAACCUUGCAUAGGUUCCAAGCCAAGAACACGAUCCUAGCGACUGGCGGCACGGGUCGCGCGUACUUCAGUUGCACGUCCGCGCACACGUGCACGGGCGAUGGCACGGCAAUGGCCGCUCGUGCCGGUCUGCAGAACGAGGACAUGGAAUUCGUGCAAUUCCAUCCCACUGGUAUCUACGGAGCGGGCUGCCUCAUGACAGAGGGUUGCCGAGGCGAGGGAGGUUUCCUCGUCAACGCGAAAGGUGAACGCUUCAUGGAGAGAUACGCGCCAGUUGCUAAGGAUCUUGCCAGCCGAGACGUCGUGUCCAGAGCCAUGACUGUCGAGAUUAUGGAGGGUAGGGGUUGCGGCCCGGAGAAGGAUCACGUGCACUUACAGCUUCACCACUUGCCCCCCGAUCAACUGAAACAGCGUCUGCCCGGCAUCUCCGAGACUGCCAUGAUCUUCGCCGGCGUUGACGUCACGAAGGAGCCUAUUCCCGUGCUGCCCACGGUGCAUUACAACAUGGGUGGUACACCCACUAACUUCCGAGGAGAGGUUAUCACAUAUAACGGCGAAGAUCGCAUAGUACCUGGUCUACUCGCGGCGGGAGAAGCUUCUUGUGCUUCAGUGCACGGGGCCAACCGAUUGGGUGCCAACUCCCUCCUCGACAUCGUGGUGUUUGGUCGGGCCUGUGCCAUCACUGUUGCUGAUACAAGCCGACCGGGAGACUCGCAGGCACCUCUCAAGGAGUCAACUGGACAAGCGAGUAUUGCGAACUUAGACAAGUUGAGAUAUGCGGACGGUAACAUUUCAACCGCAGAUCUGCGCCUGCGCAUGCAGAAAUGCAUGCAAAAGAAUGCCGCCGUGUUCAGACAGAAGAGCACACUUGAAGAUGGCCACAAGCAGAUCCACGAAAUCUACAAGCAGAUGGCCGACGUCAAGGUGUCGGACAGGUCUCUGAUAUGGAACAGCGAUCUGGUAGAGACACUGGAGCUUCAGAACCUGCUCAUCAACGCGGUACAAAUAGUGGAGGGAGCCCUGGCUAGGGAGGAGUCUAGAGGCGCGCACGCUCGCGAGGACUUCAAGACCAGACGCGAUGAAUAUGACUAUUCUAAACCUCUGCAAGGACAGACAAAACUGCCGUUCGAGCAACAUUGGAGGAAGCACACGAUAGCGGAGACCGAUCCGCAGUCGGGAGCCACCAAGCUGAGCUACCGGCCCGUCAUCGACAACACGCUCGACCAAGCCGAGUGCAAAACAGUGCCGCCCGUCAUACGCACGUACUAGGAUAGUUAGGUAAUCUCUCAAAAUGGCUGCUGACUGAUCUAAGAGCAGUAUUCCUUCAGCGCGUCUCUCGGCCUGACUAUUUUUCAUGUCAUUAUUUAUUUUAUCCAUUAUUUAAUGUAGAUCUAAGGGUAACAAGCGUUUAUUGUGGGCGAUAAAUACGUUGUUAUAUUUCACAUUUAAGAUGUCUGUAAUGUGCUUUUAAAUAAUUCAUAAAAUUUUAAUCAUUGACGCCUAUGCCUGUUCGUAUUUAUACUUUCUUUAAAAAAAUGAAUUCAAACUAUAGAUUUUAAUGUUUAUAAUUUAUGGUUUGUAAAAUAUAGCUUGAUUGUGACAGAUGUUAGUGGCAUUAAAGAUUGAACAAAAACUAUCUAUUAAUUGCUAUUCUAUUAACUUAUUGCUACUAUUCUGUAAUAAGAACUUAUUUCGAUGUAUUUGCAAGAUCGACACAUUAUAGUCUAUGGUUUAAAUGACACAAAAAACAACACAAUUCGAGUGCCACCUCAAAGUAUUUUACUAUUUAAAAAAAAGCUUGUAAUUUUAAUGAUAUCUGCCAAGCGCAUCAAACUAUAUUGUACGAACGAUAUCCAUGUAAUUAUAUUAAUCGAGCAGCAUUUUUAAUUGUAUUUUUAGUGAUUUAGAAAUCAGCAGCACCGAGGUACUUAAGUUAGUAUAAAAACAUAUAUGUGCUCGGUAUUUUCCCACUACAAAUAUUUAUUUAUUUAACUCUUUAAUUCUACAUCAAUAAAAUUGUUCAACUACUACUGAAGGUAUACUGUAUUGUAUAAUUUUUGACUGAGGUUUAAUAUUCGUACAAAAAUAAUGUUCUGUUUGCAGUAUUAAAUCGAAAUUUUAUUUUAUAAUAAUGUACAAUUUGUUGUAGACGUUAAGACCAUAAUUAUGUU